UCCUCUAAAACAUCCAAGUUCUUCAUUCAUGACCAAGAUGCGCACGCGUGGAAAUUACCUGCCAUAACAUAAAUCGGCUCACUCUAGACUCACCUCAUUCAAAUGGAAAAGUUCAACUCAGGGGUAGGAGAUAGGGAAUUGAAAGUUCCAAUAAUAUCCCGCUCCCGAUCGACUUCAAGCAUGUUCCAGGCUGUUAGUAGCUCUCCAAGGAAUGAGCCGAAGGCAAAGAAGCAGGGACAGCAUCUGUCAUAUAUUCCCAGCUGUCUACACGCGGGGGAAACGACGCAACAUGGCCAAUUUUCCAGGUUCAGAUCUCAAUCCUCACCCAGCGCACCUCUACUGCAUUCAUCAACCUGCCAACAACCCGAGCAGUCAGAUAUAGGCUCAUCAAAUCGAGUCAGAGCACGUCCGCUUACGAUGGGCGACGAGGUCUUACCAGGCGCAAAGCGACAUCUGGAGAUCAAUACGAGGGUUCUUGCACAAUCAGGUCCAGCAGCGCCCCGAGAUCGGUUGCUUCCAGAAUCACCGGGAUUUCCCAAAAUGCUAGCAGCCAUGACGUUUCCCGUUCCGCCCACAACCUCAAGGCCAUCUACGGCAGGUGCAUGUGUUAGCUCUACAACGCGCUAUCAGUCGAGCAUUACCUCCUUUCCACAAGUACGGCCUCGUUCGUCAAGUAAGCGCGCAACUAGCUCCAAAGGGAAACCUGCAGCUUCACUAGAUGAGUUAAUAGCGCAGCAAACUUCGCUCCAUCGACAGUGUGAACCUGGUGAAACUUCUCAUACCCCUUCUACACCGGAAAAACUAGUUAUAAAUACCUCCAUGACUAGAAACUCGAGGUCAGCGACCGUGGGCGAGACGGGUAGUUCACUAGCAAUGGGUAGCCUCAGACCAAGGGCUUCCUCAGCUGCAUCUUCUACGUUGAUUUCUGAUGAUCCGCGGAGUUUCACCGAAAAUGAUAACGGGAGACAAUCCUUUCCCUUCCCAGACGAUGCCAAGCUUGCGCCGAGUUCGGUGCGGGAUUUGGUUAGUAUGGACGAGCCAUACAAUAUCCCGAUAGGAAUUGCCAUCAGUAGCUCUAGAGAUAUUGCAUCUGAUAUGAAUAAGUCAUUCGCUGGUCAGGAAGGAGAAAGUCUCCAACAAGAUACUCAUGCUGUUCCAACCAUCAGUCUUACUCUGCCAUCGCCGUAUGAAGAGAAGGAUUAUCACAAACGAGCUCUAGAACAAAAAGCUGUCCAGCAAGGUUCAGAUAAUAAUACUCUACCAAACAAGCCAACGCCGACGCCUAACAACCAUGUUGCACUAGAUUUUGAUCCAACUAUUGUGCCACCUAUCCCCAGCACCGAUGAUUCAAAGGAUUCUCCUAUCCUCGGUCGGUUCGUUAGCAGUUCCCCUACGACGCGGCGAGUACGCUCAAGGUCGUCAUCCCGGACACGUGGCGGACAAGUAGUCUGUACGAAGAGUGGGUUAGCCCAAACUACCCAGAUAGGGUCUGUCGAAAAGAUUCAGCCUGCCUUGACAAUACUUCCAGGAAAUAGCUGGAAAUUUUCGCAAGUUAUGACGACCGAGAUAAUCCCGGAAAAGCAGGCCGACGAGCUCAUUACGGCGGCGACUUUGAAUUCUAUUGCCAUGACGCCAGUCAUGGUCGUAGCUAACUUAACUCCCCGGCCGGAACCAAGAGUACCAGCCCCAUGUCCAAGUCCAAGUUCUAGCCUUCCGCCUUUACGGCCCCAUCUCAAUAAAAUAAAGAGCAUGUCACAACAACGCCAAAAGCCUGUGCCAAUAAAAGUACACAAUAAUGCCAUAGCCAGCCAUGGAGACCACACAAGAUUGUUUACAGAUAAAUUAAACCGGCAUACUCUAGCAGGGGUACCGACACCACCGACAUCACCCAGUAGUGCUUCGCCAAAACGAAAUAGCCAUCCGAUGGAAAUCAUACGACGAAGCCAGCUACGUACAGCUGGAAAGCCGUAUCGUAGAUCAGAACAAACUAUGCAUCAGCCCAACCAAGAGAAGCCAAACGAGGAAGUAUGGAGAAUCACAACAGCAAAAGUACGUUUAGAGAAGGCAAAGCUAGCUAGAGAAGAGGAAAUAUCCAGGCUUGUCGAAAGGAUGCUCGGUGUUGCAAAGGCAAAAGAUAGGAAUGAUGAAGAGCUAUCCGACAUGCAAGGUGGACAUGCAGAAGAGCAGAUUGAAAAACGCUUGCAACGUCUUGAGGAGGAUGGAGACGCAUGUCUUCAAGAUGUAAAAUCAGUGUUACAAAACAUGUCUAGAACACUGGAAGAAUUACGAAAAGAAAGUGGUAGCAAGAAGUUGAUAGUGAAUGAGUUCCGUAUGUAAAAUAUAAUACAUAUACAUGAGGCCACCCUUCGGUGAGCACAAGAGCCCGAAUACAGCUCCUCGAGCCACGAUACAUGCACCGAACGGUCCUCUAACGCCUAUAACGCCCUAGCUUAUAGCUCUCUUAUCCAUAAUACAUAUAGCGAACGGCCGUUAGACUGUGGUUCCCCGUAGCUAUUGCAGUAGCUAGGUACUGUAGAAAGGCGGCUUUCGAUAAUUCAGACGAGCUGGCUUGACACAAUAUCCCGAAUAAGUUCGGGUAAACUAAUGUUAUUUUUUGACAAAAUGCUGCUUUCGAGGGACUCGUACCAACCAAUACAUUCCAAACGUAGCUAGUAUGUUAAAUAUGACAUACACCACCAUGAAUC